ACAAAUGUCAAUACGAAAAACAGUGUCACUGGAGAAGUGAACAUGGAAGCUGUCAUAAAAACUGAUGAUGUUGUUCGAGCAGGUGGUUUUGGAGCAACAGAUGAUAUUGGUAGCCUCCUUCCUGUUGCAGUUGAUUCUACUGAUUUUGGGGCUUCACUUCGUGAUGCACGAGAUUUUGAAGAACCUCAAGGAGAAACUUUGAGACCUGAUCUAGGUUGGACUGAGCCCAAUGCUUAAUGUCCCACUUCUAACAUUAACUGAUGCUUAUAUUUCUCAUGUAUUUCUGAGAAAGAUGAAUACUACCAGACUUUUCAGUUAGUACUUUGUGGUAGUUUCCUCUUAUUGUUCUUUUGUGAGGUAUGCUUACUGGACUUCUACUUACGCAUUGUGCAUCCUAUCAUUGUAGUCUGUAGAAUAAAAUUCUCUUCAGCUUUCUCCGCACAACAUGGUUGUAAGUUGCAGUUGCUGUUGUUUAUGUUAUUGUUAUUAGGUGAUGAUAAUAUUGUUAGUCAUAAUCUGCUGUAGCUAUUGUUUUUGAGACCUCCAUGCGAGAUAAAUGCAUUCUUUUAUUUUAUUUAA